CCCUCCGGCGGUUGGUUGAUCGUCCCUCGCCAUGACGGCGGCGGCGGCGGCGAUGGCGCCGCCGGACCCGGCGUUGCCGCGGCAGCUCAGCCUCGGGGACCUCAGGGCGGUGUCCAUGCUCGGCCGUGGCGCCAAGGGCGUCGUGUUCCACGUCGUGCCCGCGGCGGGGGAGGAGGAGGAAGGAGGAGGAGCGGGCGGCGUCUCCUCGUCCAUGGCGCUCAAGGCGGUCUCGCGGGAGGCGGCGCGGCACAGGAAGGCGGGGAGCGGCGGCGGGGAUGGGCACAGGCGGAUCUGGUUCGAGCGGGACGUGCUCAUGUCGCUGCGCCACCCGCUGCUCCCUUCCCUCCGCGGCGUCCUCGCCACCGACGCCGUCGUUGGGUUCGCCAUCGACCGGUGCGGCGGGGGAGACCUCAACGCUCUCCGGCGCCGCCAGACCGAGAAGAUGUUCUCUGACUCCGUCAUCCGCUUCUACGCGGCGGAGCUGGUGCUGGCGCUCGAGUAUCUGCACAGCCUCGGCAUCGUGUACCGCGACCUCAAGCCAGAGAACGUCUUGAUACAGGACAGCGGCCACAUCAUGCUCGUCGACUUCGACCUCUCCACGAGGCUCCCGACGCCGCCGCCGGAGGAGGAGGACGCGGCGCCAGCUGAUUCCAUGCCGGAGCCUCCGCCUAGUUCACCGUCCCCGAAACGCGCGAAGUCCAAGAGGCUUCCGGGAGCGGCCUUGUGCUUUCCGUUUCGUUCGGUUGGCGCCACGAAGCCGGCCUCGUCGGCGGACUCGCCGUCGCCAACUUCAACCUCGCGCACGGCCUCAUCCUCCUCGUCGUCGUCUUCGACCACUACCACUGCGUCCUCCACCGCCGCUGGCACGCGGACGCCAGCGAAAUCGAACUCGUUCGUAGGCACAGAGGACUACGUGGCGCCGGAGAUCAUCUCCGGUAGCGGACACGACUUCUCCGUGGACUGGUGGGGUCUGGGCGUGGUGCUCUACGAGAUGCUCUACGGCCGCACGCCGUUCCGGGGACUGAACAGGAAGGAGACGUUCUACCGCGUCCUUUCCAAGCAGCCAGAGCUCGUCGGCGAGAAGACGCCACUGCGCGACCUCAUCGCCCGCCUCCUGGAGAAGGAACCUGAGAAGCGUAUCGGUGCGCGCGGGAUCAAGGCGCACCCGUUCUUCAACGGCGUCGACUGGGACCGCAUCCUCCGCGUGGCGCGCCCGCCGUUCAUCCCGCCACCACCGGACAACGAGGACGACGGCGAGGUGCUCGACGUCGAGAAGGUCGUCCAGGAGGUGUUCGCGGCCAAUGACGGCGGGGCCGUGCCGGGGGUGGCGGAAAAGCCUUUGCCGGAGGAAGGUGGAGCCGCCGGCGACGAGCAGUUGAGAGAUCCGUCCAAAGAUGGCGAUUUAGCCGUAUUUUUCUGAGCUACAUCUAUUGAGUUCUUUUUAGUGUUCUCUCUCUUUUAUUUCGAAAAGAAAAAUGCAUAGCUAUUUUGUUUUUUUCAGUGGACUAGAAUUGUUAUGGUGGUCCUUAUUAUUAGAUGGGCUAUAUUAUUAGACAUAAUUAGGAGAAAGUAGUACGGCGCGGUGGAGUACAUAAAUCGACUUUGCUCUUGUGUUUAAUGGAGUACAGUCUGUAUAGUAUUUUCUCCUUUUCCCUUUUAUUUUCUUUUUGGUUGGAUACAUUUCCGGAAUUCCCUGUCCAAGCUAGGGGAUUACUGAAGAGUGUACAUAAUGAAUAAUGAACAGAAAAAAUGCCUAAUUAUUAUCUGUGCAUUCAUGUUUUAUGUU